GCUCUCUGUGCUCCAGGAGACCCCAGCAUGAGGACCCUGGCCAUCCUCGCUGCCCUUCUCCUGGUGGCCCUUCAGGCCCAGGGUGGACCACUGCAAGAGAGAGCUGAGGAGGCCCCAGCCGAGGAGCAGCCUGGGGCACAGGACCAGGAUGUGGCCAUCUCCUUUGCAGAGGAUGAAAGCUCAGGUCUCAGAGCUGCAGGCUCAGCCAGGGCCUUGACCUGCUACUGCAGAAGAGGAGGCUGUCGUAACGCAGAGCGCCUCUAUGGGACCUGCACCUCGGGUGGCCGACGCUAUUCGUUCUGCUGCCGCUGAAUGUCGAGGACAGAGAACAAGGAGCUUCUAAUGUGCUUUGGACCUGUUUUUAUUCCUUUUAUUCCUCCUGCUUCUUGUCUUCCAUUUCUUUUCCUCUUCCCAAAUAAAGGUCUUGUAGCAACU